AUGGUGUCAAAGUUUUGUUUCAGAUGUUUUUUUCCCUGCCACCUUAAGCUCUGUGAUCCGUCUCUGGCUCCUCUUGAGGAGGGAGACGGUAAUCGAAUAGUGACACUGGUCAUUGAGACCUUGGCCAAUGUCCUGGAAAAGAAGUUUGAUGAAGGUCUGCGAACGGUCAAGACUCGGCAAGGUGUGGCAGCUAAGGUCCUGUCGGAGCACUUACAGCUCCUCUACCGAUACCUGGGCACCGAGCGUGACCAGUUGUUGAAGGUCUGUCUCAGGUUGCUGACAGGUAUCAGCUCCACCAGCCAAGCUUUGUCGGCACAGCUGCUCCGGACUUUCAACUUUGGACUGGAAGGCUUCUCACGCCUGGCGAAUCGAAGAUUUCAUGUGCCCAAGAAGGAGAAGAAGGAGAAGGCCCAGAUCGAUGCUGGACGGGUUGAUGUGAGAUCCCUGUUCUCCAGCUUUGCCUUGAGUUUCUUGCAGUGGAAAGAUCCUGCGUUGACAUCGUCAGCCCUUGGAAUCAAGGACUUGAUCGGAGGUGUGCUGCGAGGACUUUCGCAGGACCCGCCAAAGCAGGCUCUCACAGUGGUUCGCGAUGUGUUGGAGCACGUGGUCCGACUGAAACAGCUUCCGCGGCAGACCAAGGUGUUCUUCUUCAACGCCUUCGCCUUGCGCCACUUCUGCUCCUUGCUGAGCUCGGAGGACCAGGAGCUGUCGAGCGCGGCCAAUGAACUGCUGAAAGAGGUGCCCAAAUCCUUAACCUUCAACUCCACCACCACCAAGUCGCACCUGCUCGUCGUUCUUUUCCAGGGUGCUAUGGCUGCAAGUCAGCAGCAGUCGGACUUGAUUCAAAAGCAGCUUCGGUGA